AAGCCAAUUUCGCCAGUGGAUGAGGCCAAGCCUGCUGAGGUUGAGAAAGCAGUUUCACCAGUUGCUGAUGAAACUAAGGAAAUUGAAGAGGUAGAAGAAAUUGUAACUGAGACCAAACUUGACGAAAAACAACCAGAGGCCAAGCCAGUUUCGCCUGUCGCUGAGGCCAAGCCUGCUGAGGUUAAGAAAGCAAUUUCACCAGUUGCUGAUGAAACUAAGGAAACUAAGGAAAUUGAAGAAGUAGAAGAAAUUGUUACUGAGACUAAACUUGACAAAAAACAACUUGAGGCCAAGCCAGUUUCGCCAGUCGAUGAGGCUAAGCCUGCUGAGGUUGAGAAAGCAGUUUCACCAGUUGCUGAUAAAACUAAGGAAAUUGAAGAGGUAGAAGAAAUUGUGACUGAGACCAAACUAGACGUGACACAACUCGAGGCCAAGCCAGUUUCGCCAGUCGAUGAGGCUAAGCCUGCUGAGGUUGAGAAAGCAGUUUCACCAGUUGCUGAUGAAACUAAAGAAAUUGAAGAAGUAGAAGAAAUUGAAGAAGUAGAAGAAAUUGAAGAAGUAGAAGAAGUAGAAGAAAUGACUGAGACCAAACUUGACGAAAAACAACUCGAGGCUAAGCCAGUUACGCUUGUCGCUGAAGCCAAGCCUGCUGAGGUUGAGGAAGCAGUUUCACCAGUUGCUGAUGAAACUAAGGAAAUUGAAGAGGUAGAGGAAAUUGUGACUGAGACCAAACUAGACGUGAAACAACUCGAGGCCAAGCCAGUUUCGCCAGUCGAUGAGGCCAAGCCUGCUGAGGUUGAGGAGGCAGUUUCACCAGUUGCUGAUGAAACUAAGGAAAUUGAAGAGGUAGAAAAAAUUGUGACUGAGACCAAACUAGACGUGAAACAACUCGAGGCCAAGCCAGUUUCGCCUGUCGAUGAGGCCAAGCCUGCUGAGGUUGAGAAAGCAGUUUCACCAGUUGCUGAUGAAACUAAAGAAAUUGAAGAAGUAGAAGAAAUUGAAGAAGUAGAAGAAAUGCCUGAGACUAAACUUGACGAAAAACAACUCGAGGCUAAGGCAGUUCCUCCUGUCGAUGAGGCCAAGCCUUCUGAGGUUGAGAAAGCAGUUUCACCAGUUGCUGAUGAAACUAAGGAAAUUGAAAAGCUAGAAGAAAUUGUGACUGAGACCAAACUAGACGUGAAACAACUCGAGGCUAAGCCAGUUCCUCCUGUCGAUGAGGCCAAGCCUGCUGAGGUUGAGAAAGCAGUUUCACCAGUUGCUGUUGAAACUAAGGAAAUUGAAGAGGUAGAAGAAAUUGUGCCUAAAACCAAACUAGACGUGACACAACUCGAGGCCAAGCCAGUUUCGCUAGUCGAUGAGGCCAAGCCUGCUGAGGUUGAGAAAGCAGUUUCACCAGUUGCUGAUGAAACUAAAGAAAUUGAAGAAGUAGAAGUAAUUGUUACUGAGACAAAACUUGACGAAAAGCAACUCCAGGCUAAGCCAGUUACGCCUGUCGCUGAGGCCAAGCCUGCUGAGGUUGAGAAGCCAGUUUCACCAGUUGCGGAUGAAAUUAAGGAAAUUGAAGAGGUAGAAAAAAUUGUGACUGAGACCAAACUGGACGUGAAACAACUCGAGGCCAAGCCAGUUUCGCCUGUCGAUGAGGCCAAGCCUGCUGAGGUUGAGAAGCCAGUUUCACCAGUUGCUGAUGAAACUAAGGAAAUUGGAGAGGUAGAAAAAAUUGUGACUGAGACCAAACUAGACGUGACACAACUCGAGGCCAAGCCAGUUUCGCCAGUCGAUGAGGCCAAGCCUGCUGAGGUUGAGAAAGCAGUUUCACCAGUUGCUGAUGAAACUAAAGAAAUUGAAGAAGUAGAAGAAAUUGAAGAGGUAGAAGAAAUUGAAGAAGUAGAAGAAGUAGAAGAAAUGACUGAGACUAAACUUGACGAAAAACAACUCGAGGCUAAGCCAGUUACGCCUGUCGAUGAGGCCAAGCCUGCUGAGGUUGAGAAAGCAGUUUCACCAGUUGCUGAUGAAACUAAAGAAAUUGAAGAAGUAGAAGAAAUUGAAGAAGUAGAAGAAAUGACUGAGACCAAACUUGACGAAAAACAACUCAAGGCUAAGCCAGUUUCUCCUGUAGAUGAGGCCAAGUCUGCUGAGGUUGAAAAAGCAGUUUCACCAGUUGCUGAUGAAACUAAAGAAAUUGAAGAGGUAGAAGAAAUUGUGACUGAGACCAAACUAGACGUGACACAACUCGAGGCUAAGCCAGUUUCGCCAGUCGAUGAGGCCAAGCCUGCUGAGGUUGAGAAAGCAGUUUCACCAGUUGCUGAUGAAACUAAGGAAAUUGAAGAGGUAGAAAAAAUUGAGACCAAACUAGACGUGAAACAACUCGAGGCUAAGCCAGUUUCGCCUGUCGAUGGGGCCACGCCUGCUGAGGUUGAGAAAGCAGUUUCACCAGUUGCUGAUGAAACUAAGGAAAUUGAAGAAGUAGAAGAAAUUGUGACAAUUGUGACUGAGACCAAACUAGACGUGAAACAACUCGAGGCCGAGCCAGUUUCGCCUGUCGAUGAGGCCAAGCCUGCUGAGGUUGAGAAAGCAGUUUCACCAGUUGCUGAUGAAACUAAAGAAAUUGAAGAAGUAGAAGAAAUUGUUACUGAGACCAAACUUGACGAAAAACGACUCGAGGCUAAGCCAAAUACGCCUAUCGCUGAGGCCAAGCCUGCUGAGGUUGAGAAGCCAGUUUCACCAGUUGCUGAUGAAACUAAGGAAAUUGAAGAGGUAGAAAAAAUUGUGACUGAGACCAAACUAGACGAAAAACAACUCGAGGCCAAGCCAGUUUCGCCUGUCGAUGAGGCCAAGCCUGCUGAGGUUGACAGAGCAGUUUCACCAGUUGCUGAUGAAACUAAGGACAUUGAAGAAGUAGGAGAAAUUGUGACUGAGACCAAACUUGACGAAAAACAACUCGAGGCCAAGUCAGUUACGCCAGUCGUUGAGGCCAAGCCUGCUGAGGUUGAGAAAGCAGUUUCACCAGUUGCUGAUGAAACUCAGGAAAUUAAAGAGGUAGAGGAAAUUGUGACUGAGACCAAACAAGACGUGAAACAACUCGAGGCCAAGCCAGUUUCACCUGUCGCUGAGGCCAGGCCCGCUGAGGUUGAGAAAGCAGUUUCACCAGUUGCUGAUGAAACUAAGGAAAUUGAAGAAGUAGAAGAAAUUUUGACUGAUACUAAACAUGACGUGACACAACUCGAGGCCAAGCCAGUUUCGCUAGUCGAUGGGGCCAAGCCUGCUGAGGUUGAGAAAACGAUUUCACCAGUUGCUGAUGAAACUAAGGAAAUUGAAGAGGUAGAAAAAAUUGUUACUGAGACCAAACUAGACGUAACACAACUCGAGGCCAAGCCAGUUUCUCCUGUCGAUGAGGCCAAGCCUGCUGAGGUUGAGAAAGCAGUUUCACCAGUUGCUGAUGAAACUAAAGAAAUUGAAGAAGUAGAAGAAAUUGUGACUGAGACCAAACUUGACGAAAAACAACUCGAGGCUGAGCCAGUUACGCCUGUUGCUGAGGCCAAGCCUGCUGAGGUAAUUGAAGAAGUAGAAGAAAUUGUUACUGACACCAAACUUGAAGAAAAACAACUCGGGGCUAAGCCAGUUACGCCUGUCGCUGAGGCCAAGCCUGCUGAGGUUGAGAAGCCAGUUUCACCAGUUGCUGAUGAAACUAAGGAAAUUGAAGAGGUAGAAAAAAUUGUGACUGAGACCAAACUAGACGUGACACAACUCGAGGCUAAGCCAGUUUCGCCAGUCGAUGAGGCCAAGCCUGCUGAGGUUGAGAAAGCAGUUUCGCCAGUUGCUGAUGAAACUAAGGAAAUUGAAGAGGUAGAAAAAAUUUUUACUGAGACCAAACUAGACGUGACACAACUCGAGGCUAAGCCAGUUUCGCCAGUCGAUGAGGCCAAGCCUGCUGAGGUUGAGAAAGCAGUUUCACCAGUUGCUGAUGAAACUAAGGAAAUUGAAGAGGUAGAAGAAAUUGUUACUGAAACCAAACUUGACGAAAAACAACUCGAGGCUAAGCCAGUUUCUUCUGUCGAUGAGGCCAAGCCUGCUGAGGUUAAGAAAGCAGUUUCACCAGUUGCUGAUGAAACCAAAGAAAUUGAAGUAGUAGAAGAAAUUGUUACUGAGACCAAACUUGACGAAAAACAACUCGAGGCCAAGCCAGUUUCGCCUGUCGAUGAGGCCAAGCCUGCUGAGGUUGAGGAAGCAGUUUCACCAGUUGCUGAUGAAACUAAGGAAAUUGGAGAGGUAGAAAAAAUUGUGACUGAGACCAAACUAGACGUGAAACAACUCGAGGCCAAGCCAGUUUCGCCUGUCGAUGAGGCCAAGCCUGCUGAGGUUGAGAAGCCAGUUUUACCAGUUGCUGAUGAAACUAAGGAAAUUGGAGAGGCCCGCUGA